CGGUCCAUCUCAUGCAAAGGUGGUCUUUUCUUCUUUUGACUAAGUCUUUGUUUUCGUUUGUGUCUUUGAAAAACAAAAUGCCACUGUGUCUCUUGUAUGGAAACCGCGCCACACACGACCACUAUAUAAGUACGCGGGUCCGUCCAUCGAGACUUGCUCCUAUCCCCCCACGACCUACUUAUCUAAACCAACAUGUCUGUCGCGUCUCCUUACAAGACCCUUUUUGCUAUUCUUCACGAUGUGACUACAGAAAGUCCUCUUGCACAAGUUCACCGAGCCUCCGAGGCCGUCAUCCCCCGGUUGAGGACAUCUUUGUUCACCGAAACCGAGCUCUCCUGUGACCACACGAAUGUGCAGGUAUUUCCUCAUGAAAAAAUUACAAUUGCGAACACGAAGCUUGGUUAUCCAACAAUCUCCGAAAGGAAUGCGGGAAACAUUUGUUGGAAAUACUAUCUCUUACUCCAAAUUGGAAUGACGGAGGAAAUGGCGCAAGCGCUAGUUGUGACAGAAAUUGCACAAGCAUUUGAUCUUCAAAAGUUGAAUGUCUCUAUGCAAGAGUCCAUCAGGGACCACUAUGAGAAAACAGGGAAGCCUGUGCCACCGCAGUAUCUUCAAAUGCCGCCUCUAGAUGAAGAUGAAUAUGACCACGAGUCUUUUACGGAGACAGAAGUAGGCAUGAUGGCAGCAGGUGGCAUCUUGAAGUUCAUGGAUGAGGGAUGCACAACGGUGCGAGAUAUGUUGGAGAUGGCACAGAAGACAUCUCAAGAAUACUUCGGGGUGGAUGAGUGAACAUGAUUCUCAGAACAUUUCUAUCUCUUCGGAUUAUACUUCAUGUAGCCUUUCAAGUAGGCCCUCCACUUUAUAUCUCACGUUCCUUUCUAUCGUAGUCUGAACAAAGGCUCUUGUCGAGACUGA